AGGAUGCGAAGAAGGGGGCCUUUCAGGGGGACAUGGUGCCCGAAAACAAUGGGCAGCUGAAGCAGUUCGUGACCACUGCGGAGGCCCAAACGAGGGAGCUCAGAGAUUCGAGAACCUCUUUCGGAGCUGGGAAGCCGUGGCCUCGUGGAGUCGUGAACUUCUGCUUCCAACCUGAUGUGCCAGAUGGCGUGAGAGUGGCGUUUGAGCAUGCCGUCCAAGCAUACAAGAAGGCGGUUCCUUGCAUCCAGUGGGUCGACGUGGGUUUCCAGUCGGACGGGCGGUGUGAAACACUUCCCUCAGUCCUGGUCACUUCUCAGAACAAUGGAUGCUGGUCCUAUGUGGGCAUGGUGAUGAACGGAUGGAAUUCUCAGAAGUUGAACCUGCAAAGUCCGGGCUGCGACGCUAUAGGCACAGCAAUGCACGAAAUGGGACACACCUUGGGGAUGGGCCACGAGCAAGCGCGGCCCGAUCGGAAUGAGUACGUGGAAAUCCAUCACGAUCGGAUCGAAGCAGGCAAGUCUCAUAACUUUGACAUUCGCAGCAAAGGUGACACGCAGCGGCCAUAUGAUAUCUUGUCCAUCAUGCACUACGAUGCGGAUGCCUUUUCCACUAGCAGAAUGCCAACCAUCACGGCCAAGGACAAGGCUUAUGAGCUUUAUACAACAAACAGAAGCAACUUUCACUUCUACAAAAUGGGAAAUCGAGUUGGCCUAACGCAACUGGAUGCCGAUCAGAUUGCCGAUCUCUACACAAAGGAGAAUGGCCUUUGCGUCUCCCGCUUGCUCGCGAACGGGGACCAUAAGUGCACCGAUUUUCAGUUGAACGGCAAACCCUGGGAAGACAUCUACCACCAGGACUGCGCCCGGUAUACGCAGCUGCAGGCGAGGGGGCGCAUCAAGAACUGCGCGGAUUACCCAUCCGGGCAAUUCUGCUGCGGCUGUGGUGGUGGCAUUGUCAUCAGAAACUGGGCAGUGGAAUGCGACCUUUGCCGUCCUGUAUCCAUCGGACGUUGUGAUUGCAAGGAAGGACCGUGGACUUUGUUCGGUGAGAAGAGCCGCACCACCUGUGGAAAUCCAGGCUACGUCAAUCACUUCCCCAUGUGCGUGGUGGACGAGUCCUGCGAAGACAAGAACAAGUUCACCUUGGACGGGCUUCAUUUGGCGCCGUGUACUACAUACACCAGCUUCACCACCAAGGGAUGCAGAUGCAAACGACACGUUGAUGGCUGGACUUUCAAGAGUGAUGGCAAAGAAGUCCAUGUGCCAACCACCUGUGGCAAUCCGAACAAGCACGCGGAUGGGCCAUGGUGUUAUGUCGAAGAUCAUGAGCAGGAGUGUCAAGGAGACACUUGGGGAACCUGCGAAGAGGCGACCCGCAUGCUGACCCCCCCGCUGGGUGGGGCUUAGAUUCCGACCGUUCUCCAAGGGCACCUGGAGAUUAACAGGUGUGGUUCAUCCAAGGCUGUUUGACUCAAGGUCCGGUUCAAUUCAUGUCAAGCCUCUUGGAUUCUAUCAGUAUGGGAGGAAAUGCUCAUUGUCUUGAGCAAAGUACUUCACCUCAUUGUCCUCGCCUGAAUGGCUCGAGGAUUUUGGUUGCUGAUUUCAGAGCAGCCACUGCCCUCAAGGAAGAGGAUGAACAUGUUGUAUAUCUUACUUGAGCAUGACUGAAGCUGUGUAAAACGAGGGCCCGAGCUGCAAAGGGCCGUCCAAAAAAGAGA